AUGCAGUUGUCUCUGGCUAAGAUCCAGAACAUCCGUGCAGUGGAGGAGGCCCUGCAGUUCUACAUGACCGAGAUGCUCAGCAUGGCUCAGCUUCCUAUGCGCCCAGAAGAACUGUCUGACAUCCACAAAAUUGCAGAGAAGAAAGCAGUUGAAGUUUUCAUCUCCAUGUCCUUCAAUGACAAUGACCAGAUCUACCAACAAGAGCUCAUGGUGUUUGAUACACUGGAAAAAGGUGUUUUUGAUGGAUCAUACCCGAGAUCUGGAGGAUACCGACAGUACAGAGACAUGCUCAGACAUCUGACCAAUGACUACAGAGCAAGAACACACUCACAAAUAAUGGUGCAGAAGCGGGCGUUUAAAGACAUGCAGAGAACCCAUAAGGAACAUGUGAAUCAGAUCAUUUGUCAGAUGGAAAAAGAGCAGGAGAGAAUGAGGAGAGACAAUGAACGAGUCCUGGAAGCCAAACUAAGAGAGAAGGAUGCUCUUCUACAGAAGGGUUUACAGGAGCAAGCCUCCAAGAUGCAGAGGCAGAUUGACCGCUUAAGAUCAGAAAUGCAUAAAGAAGAGAAGUCAAAACCAUUCACAGUCAGCCGGAUUAUGGAUGGUAUCGGUGCCACAGCAGAAUUGAUCUUGCCGGGCUUUGUUAGCCGUGGUCUGUCUGCAGUCUGGAAAUGGUUCAAAUAAGAGCAGGUUUUGCA